GGGCCAGGCUCCCCGGCCAUGUGACCCCGCGGCCCGGCUGGGACGCGACGGUACGCGCUGGGACGGGCGCCGGGGGUCGCGGGCGGCAUGGAGCGGAGGUGGGUCUUCGUGCUGCUCGACGUGCUGUGCGUGCUGGUCGCCUGUCUGCCUUCCGCCAUCCUGACCCUCGUGAACGCCCCGUACAAGCGAGGAUUCUACUGCGGAGAUGACUCCAUCCGGUACCCCUACCGUCCAGACACCAUCACCCAUGGGCUCAUGGCCGGGGUUGUCAUCACUGCCACCGUCAUCCUUGUGUCGGCCGGGGAGGCCUACCUGGUGUACACAGACCGCCUCUACUCCCGCUCCGACUUCAACAACUACCUGGCCGCCCUCUACAAGGUGUUGGGGACGUUCCUGUUCGGGGCUGCAGUGAGCCAGUCACUGACAGACCUGGCCAAGUACAUGAGCGGCCGGCUGCGGCCCAACUUCCUGGCCGUGUGUGACCCUGACUGGAGCCGCGUCAACUGCUCCGUGUACGUGCAGGCGGAGGUGUGCAGGGGAAGCCCUGCUGACGUCACCAAGUCCAGAUUAUCCUUCUACUCUGGACACUCCUCCUUUGGAAUGUACUGCAUGAUGUUCUUGGCGCUCUACGUGCAGGCCCGGCUGUGCUGGAAGUGGGCACGGCUGCUGCGGCCCACCGUGCAGUUUUUCCUGGUGGCCUUUGCCCUUUACGUGGGCUACACCCGUGUGUCUGACCACAAACACCACUGGAGUGAUGUUCUCGUUGGCCUCCUGCAGGGGGCGCUGGUGGCCGGCCUCACUGUCCGCUACGUCUCCGACUUCUUCAAAGCCCGGCCCCCGCGGCACUGCCUGGAGGAGGAGGAGCUGGAGCGGAAGCCCACAUCACUGACACUGGCCCUGGGCGAGGCUGGCUGCAGCCACUGCGGGUCCCCUCCUCCUGAGACCCUCAGGUCUCCUCCUCCUGGGGCCGCAGCCGCGUCCAGCUGGGGCUCAGGCUGUGGGCAGCGAGCGUGUCCGUGGUCCUGGCAGGUCCCUAACGCAGGAUGACGGUGAGGGCCCUGCACAGGCCCCAGGCUGGAUCCUGGCGUGGGUUCCACUAACCCCACCUCCAUGCACUGGGCCAGGGGUCACGGGGUACCUGGGGCAGCCCUAGCGCGUGGCGGGGGACUCUUCCUCAGACCCCCGGCUUUUGUUGGGUUAGGGAAGGGACUGAGAGAGCCCAGUGGAUGCCGUUUUUGUCAAAUGUGACGUCUAUGUGGAUUUUUAGUAAAAUAGGGCGUUUGCUUGACAGAUGUUAUCAGCACCUCUUCCUUAUGGCCGUUCUGAGGACUCUCUCCCUACAGCAGAGGGGGAGACCCUCUCUGGUUGGGGGCUCAGCUGAGCGAACCAGCCAUGCCUGCGUUGCUGCUCUGGUCACGUGGGCAGGAGGGGUGCAGGAGGGAGGCCAACUGCCCGUUCCACCCUCCUGUGGUGCUAAGGUUGGGGGUCAGGUGGACCUGCACAGGCAGUCGGGGUGUCACCCUGCAGAGAGAGCCCUGAACAAAAGACAACUGCCGUUGUUUGGCCCCUGGGGCCGGGGAGGCUAGCAGAGACCUGAGUCCAGGUCGAGUGGAGAGGUGUGUUUACAGCUCUUUCCUCCUCCCAGGAAGGAGGCCUCUGCCGGGGGCCCCCUGUGCAGGCCCCCAAAUGUAAGGGCUUGGGCAGAAGUUCAGAUCUGGGUAAGACCAUGGCCACAGGAGCCUGGGUCCCCAGAGACUGACUGUGUGCAGGGCUGUGCUCAGGCCUGCUGAGAGGGCAGCUUCCGUGGGCUCUGCCAGGUGCAGCCUUGCAGUGGCUGUUGUUGAGUCUGCAAGAUCACACAUGGGGUUUGGGCCUGGAGCGGGCUCCCUGUCCCCUUUCUGCCUGGGGAUAUACCACCCCAGCCCCGGCGCAGACCUCAGAGUCCCUCCCCUUCGAAUGACCGGCACCUCUGCCCUCGGAUUGUCCCUUCUCAGUAAUACCCACCUGCAUCGGUCCACUCCCUGUGUCCCUGGAGGAAUCACUGAAGCCAAAACUCCCCCAGUCCUGACCCCUUCCCUCUGGUCACAGGGACCCCUGUGCACAUGGGGCUUCAGAAACGGGCCCCCAUGACUUCUGCCCUGGAAUGGGAACCCCUCACUCACCAUCCACAAAAGUGAAUGUCGGGCAAGCGGCCUAGAUCAGGCCAUAAACAAACCUUAAAGAGGGAAGAUAGGUUCAAAACCUUAGUGUGGGGAAGACGUUUGUAAUUGGGAAAAAUAGAGAAUGGGAAGUAGAGGGCAGCUGGGGCCCAGGCCGGGGCAGGGGGUCAAGAGGUGGAACAGACGGUGGGGGAUAGACUCCACGUGCCAGGAAGGUGUCCAAGGUGACGGAAGCUUCUGGACCUGAUCGCUGAUGGGCCGGGGUCCCUGAAACUUGCAGGAUACACAGAGCUUACCUGCCUAACCGGAGUGGCGUUCCCGUCUGGUCUUAGCAGUGCUUGGGGGCGAAGAUGCAGCCUGGCAGCCUGCACUGGAGGCCAAGAUGGAGAAGAUGAAGAUCUUCACGGCCACCUUGGCCUUGUCCUCAGCCUGUGGUAGAUGGGGAGGGAGGUGGCCCACACACUGCAGGCCAGCAGGACAACGAAGGUCAGGAACUUGGCUUCCUUGAAGGUACCGGGCAGGCUCCGGGCCAGGAAAGCCCUGGUGAAGCUCCCCAGGGCAAGGGGCCCAGGUAUCCCGGGACACAGUAGGAGACAGGGACCAGGCCCCCGGUUGUAGGCGAGGAGGACGCAUCUAGGCUUGGAGUGCGUGUCAGUGUCAGUGAAGAGAGGAGAGGUUCCCAGGUGGAUUCCACAGAGAGGCGGGUGGACUGGGGAGUGGAUGAGAAAGGUGAAGUCGGGUGCCCCUGACACCAACCAACUUUCCUCCCAGGAGCAGUGAUCCUGAAGGUUAAGACCACAUAGAUGGUUUGGGCCCAAACAGUGGAAACAGCCCAGUAAACACCGUGCCAGAUGUGGCCGCUGGAGGGCGCAGGUGGCUGUGCUGAGACGGCCGAUGAGGGCCUCUUUUAGCAUAUUUUCAGCAGCUGGACAGCUCCUAGGUCUCCUGUCGGCCUGCUGACUUCCCGUAUCUGACGUAAACACGCUCCAGAAUUUUUCUGUUGGCCUCAUUUUUAUCAGUGUGAUUUUUUGGGGAUCCAAGUAGCCCAGUUUAUACAAUUGACAGCUACAUUUUUGGGUGAAUCCAGGGCACUAAGUAACAAUUUCCAAUUGGAAGAAGACUGGAAUCACUUGACAACAGGAAUCCACCCUGCAAGGGUGCCCCGAUCUCCCCUGGGCAUGUCUUUCCUUGGCCUCCAGAGAGAAUGCUCACCUCUCACAUCAUCACAGACCAACAGCCCCGCCCAGGUCCAGCCAUGGGGCGGCAGCAGCAACCCCAUGCCUGAGGCCAGAGGAGCACUCCUGGAGGCCACCUGACUCAGACCUGGUGACCGACCCUUGACAGUCAGCAGAAGGUCACAGGGACCUUCGGUGACCUGAAUGGGAAGGAGAAAAGCACGGUCAUUUUCUUCUCCAAGGAAACAAUCGAGAGAGAAUACUUCUGUGGUACUCAUUUGAAUAAUAUUCCUUUUCACCUGCCAUGGAAAGUGAUCUGGAUAUUAAACGACGUUACUUUCAAUAAGUGCAGCAGCAAGGGUUUCUUCGUACCAUGUUUUCUUUUCUUUUCUUCCUUUCUUUAUUUUUCUGGCCACACCGCACGGCUUGCAGGAUUUGAGUUCCCUGACCAGCGACUGAACCCGGGCCCUGCCAGUGACAGCGCCAAGUCCUAACCACUGGACCGCCAGGGAAUUCCCCAUAUUUUAUUUUCAACGUCAGUGGAAGGGCUACCUGGAAAAGUUGCUCAGAACCUAUUUCUAGGACCUCCUGCGGUUGACUUCAGUCUGUAAAGUCUUCAUUCUCUCCCGUGUCGUUGCCGAGUCAAGUUAAGAACAUGCCACUCCAGUUCUGUGCGUUCCGGUUUUCCACCUUGAACGACGUACAAGGACAUUCUCUCCUAAUUUGUUUUACUGCCAUAUUUUGUUGCUGGACAGGACGUAUAUUCAGCUCUGCCCCACCGCGCCUUCAUCUCCACUUGUGGGAAUUUGUAGAGGUCCAGCAGUGUCUCCCUGAGCAGGAAAAAGCUGAUGUGGUUCCUGCAGUGAGAGCGGUGGCUUUGUUCUGUUUCUCACGGGUGAAAUACAGGAGAGGAAAACCCUUGAACAAUGAGCGAAGAACCGGCGGAGGGAAGAGGUCCCCAGGUGGUUAACUGG